AUGUACAAUCUUUGCCUGGUUAGAGGUUUAGUCUGUACCUUGCAUUGCAAGUUGAGAGUUUUGUGGGACUUACCUGUGACUUUUCUCUCCCUUGCAGCCUUGGGCGCCGCCUAUGGUACAGCAAAGAGCGGCACGGGUAUUGCUGCCAUGUCGGUCAUGAGGCCAGAGCUGAUCAUGAAGUCCAUCAUCCCUGUGGUCAUGGCGGGUAUCAUAGCAAUCUAUGGCUUGGUAGUGGCAGUCCUUAUUGCCAACUCCCUCACGCAUGACAUCUCGCUAUUCAAGAGCUUCCUUCAGCUGGGCGCUGGACUAAGCGUAGGCCUCAGCGGGUUGGCCGCCGGCUUUGCCAUUGGCAUUGUGGGUGACGCAGGUGUCCGGGGGACAGCGCAGCAGCCAAGGUUAUUUGUGGGCAUGAUCCUGAUCUUGAUCUUCGCCGAAGUCUUGGGGCUGUACGGCCUCAUCGUCGCCCUUAUCCUUUCCACAAGAGGGUAAUCGCCGCAGAGUAUGAUCCAAACAAAACAAACUAAGUUCCAGAAUGAAAAAAAAAUGGUCUCUCCACAAUGUGUACAGUUGUCAUCAGUUUGGUAGUUGAUCUCUUGUAAAUGCGCAAUGUAUGUGACUUGUCUGUCCUGUGUGUACUUCCGUAUGAAAAGCAGGAGGAGCUGUCACAAGCCCUCUUCUCAAGGCUUGGGGGAAGCUCACGUGCUGUUUUCCAUCCAUUUUGCCAUUAGAGUCCUUUAUGUAUAAAUAUGAACUAGAAACAGUAACUUUCCCCUCUCUUCAUUGGAUGUUUUAUUUAUAAGACUUGACAUGUUCAUACAUAAUGGAACAAGAGUUUUCAAUUUCCCAUGCUCUCUCUAUAUAUAUUAAUCUCAUGCAUAGAUAGAUUACUACACUGUGGGGUUAACUGUAAGUGCAGAGAAAUCCUUGGAUGUAAAUUGAUUCUCAAAGAUUGCUGUUGUGUCCUGGUAUCGGAGUGUAAGACUGUUUGUGUUUAUACAGAUAACAGCAAAAAUGUCUGAGACACUCCUGUGUUCCCAGUAGUAAAAACUGUAUGCUCUGGCAUCAAAGUUGUGCAGCCAAUGUUGGGUUUUGCAGUAAUACGUUUCCAGGUAAUAAAAAUUUCCUCCACUAUAUCAUUGUAA